UUUAUGGAAAUUUAUUUAUUGAAAUAUAUGCCAUUGUAAUGUCAGGUUGUUGACGUACGUGCAUCGAAGAAAAAAGUUUGCCGACCAUAUUAGUCAUCGCUUAAUAAAAACUGCAUUUAUAUAAAAACAAAAAUGUUACACUGGAUAAUAGGCCUUUCUCACGUGCUUUGCCACCAGGCUAUGACAACGAACGCCUAUUCUGUGAGCCCUCAGUGUCUAUCGGAGGGAAGAUUCGCUCACCCGACAGACUGUGGACGAUACAUAGACUGUUUGGCAGACGACGAGGGCGCUCUCGUUCCUCGCCCAGGGUCCUGUUUGGGAUUGGCCUACCAUCCUGACCUUGGGAAGUGCGUCGAGUGGAAAGAGUACAACCUGUGUCGCCCGCCUGGCAAUGACGUCAGCGGCGACGCGCGUGCCUUCAGCCUGAAGUCCGGCGGCCCCGUGCGCUCAGCCAUGCAUGACCGGCUGUGCGAGACGGGUCUGGGCUUUGUUUGCGCUUCGUGCAUGGAGAUCAUUAUAUGCAUCGACGGGGCAGCCUACGUGGACUCUUGUCCCGACGCCAUGAGGUGUGAGCUGAUGGUUCCCUUCAAAGGCGGCGUGUGCUAUCCUAAUAGGGCGCCGUCGGAGAUCUGUUUUUGCAACGUCACGGGGCAGGUUCUUCCCGAUGUGUAUGACCCGAGGACGUUCCUCUUCUGCAGAGCCCCCGGCAGACGGCCGGAUCCGUUCCAAUGCCCAGACCACCACAUGUUCGAUGCCGUCUCAGAAACCUGCGUCAGGAUGCCGGAAGUCCCUCCGUGCACCGAGUCUGGGGUCUUCCCCGUGGCCGAGCGCUGCCACUGGUACUACAGCUGCACGCACCUGCCCAUGAAGGGGGUCUUCAUGCAGCACUUCGCCUCCUGCCCCGGCGAGGAGGAAGUGUUCAGCACGACCCGCGGCAAGUGCUCAGACCCGUACGACCUCCCGCUGAACGACCCCUGCACCAAGGCCAAGGAAAGGAAAGUUCGUUAUACCUGCUCGUUUUGGGGCUUCAUCAUGACGCAGCUUUUCCCGCUGCAGAUCGCCCAGUUCUGCUAUUCGUGAUAGAGGAGACCAGG